AGAAGUUCCACCUUCCGGCUUUGUAGCGCCCUUUCGCUGUAUUUUUGUCCUGAAAUUGUACAGAAAAUAUAACAAAAAACUGUCCUUGUUGUCCUCGUCGAAGUCACAUUGGCUGACAGGAGGAUUUGAUGUGACGCUUUAAUGUUAAAAGACCAAGCGAUGUCUGUGGUGUUUGACGGGAGUCCGCUGAAAGCGAUGCAGAGCUCACACACUCACACCCCGCAGACUGCCCUGAGUGCCCAGGAACUCUCCCAGGAGAUCAAGUCCUUCAUCAGUGGCAUUGACACCGUUCAGGGGCGGAAGCUCAGUGUCCGGGAACACGCCCGCUGCGCUGUGCGGUUGCUGCGCUCAGUCCCAGCCUGUCGAGGGGCGGUGCUGGAGCAUCUGAGGGGUGUGUACGAUGAGCACGUCUCUGCCUUCCUGCACAACCUGGAGACAGAGGGGGAAGCCAGCUCCGCGGUCAGCUCUAACCUGGAGGACAUCAUACAGGAGGUCCAUGGCGUGCUAUCAGAGUUCAUCCGGCUCAACCCCCGGGCCUGGGCCCCCCUGGUAUCUGCUUGGGCUGUGGACUUGUUGGGCCAGCUGAGCAGCAAACACGCUGGCCGCAGGGUGGCCCCCCACUCCUCCAGCCUCAAUGAACUGCUCCAGCUCUGGAUGUCUUGUGCUGCCACCCGGUCCCUCAUGGAGGCCUACUCUCAGUGUUUGGCCGCCAUGCUGGCCUGGUGCCCUGAUGCCUGUGUGGAUGCGCUGUUGGACACCUCGGUUCAACACUCCCCACAUUUCGACUGGGUGGUGGCUCACAUUGGGUCUGCCUUCCCGGGUACUAUCAUCAGCCGAGUCUUGGCAUGUGGACUGAAGGACUUCUGCUCUCAUGGCGCCAAGGACCAAGGGCUAAUGGUGAUGGGAGCGGAUAAAGGCAACAGAGUGCCUAAGAUUGGCUCGGUGGUGGGAAUCCUUGGACACCUUGCAGUACACCACUCCGACAGCAUCAGGAAGGAGCUGCUCAGGAUGUUUCAGGAGAGCCUGAGUCCAUCGAGCCCUCUUUCUCCCAAUUCGUCCUCGACCUCCUGGGAGAGUUCCCCUCAGCUGCGUCGUGCUGCUGUACCAUUUCUGCUACAACUGGCUGCAAUGUCUCCCAACCUCUUUGGUGCUGUGUCUGCAGAGCUGGUGGAGUUGUUACGCCCUCCUGUCCUGCUCCAGCUGCAGGCCUUGCUGCAGGGCCUCCCCAGAGAGGAACUGGAUAAUAUGCUGGGGCUUGCUGUCCAUCUCAUUAGCCAGAGUCCUUCAGGAGGGUCCCGGGUCCUCCGUUUUCUGGCAGACACAGCGACCCCAGCCUCGGUCAUCAUCUCUGGCCCGACACCCUCCCCUCAUGAAGGAGUCAGAGAAGGUUGUGACCGCCUCCUUCAGAUGCUGCUUCUGCAUCUCCACAAACUGGUCUUCAACCGAUCAGAUGUAGUUGAAGGAAAUCACCAUCACUCUGCUUCCUCUCAGCCCCAGAGAGUCAUCCCCUUUUUGGAGGAGCUGCAGUCUCAUGUGGGUGAGCUCUGUGCUGAAACACUACGACUGGAGAGAAAACGUCACCUCUGGCUUCACCAGCUUCUGUGUCUGCUGUCAGUGUAUGGGGGUCCCAGCGUUGCCACCGAGGCCCUCUGCCAGCUACUCACCCAGGCCCGCAACCCAGAGGAGCUGGCUCUGGCCUGGCAGCUUCACACCACACUCUCCUCCUGCAUGGCGGGACUCAUUCCUGCCGCUGUAGCUCGCUGUGUGGCCCAGAUCCAUACACACACCCUGGGGCCCCGGCAGCUGAGACAACUGCUGCUGAACCUGGCCUCAGCCAUCCAGAGUCAGGAUGAGGAGAGAAGAGGAUCAGCGGGCGCUCAGUCCUCCAUGGCCAUCCAGGUGGGCUCAGCGGUCUCAGGACACCUCCAUGAUUUUGGCCCACUCCUUCUCCACGGUGACCCGGCUGUAUCUCACGCCACAGUGCGUCUCCUGUCCUGUAGCCCCCUCCCUCGCACCUCCUCCCCAGCACACCUGCUUCUGCUUUCCCGUGCUGCUGUCACUCAUUUCUUUCUGGCGCUUCGGAGGAGAGGAGAAGGGGGGAAGAUAGGGAGGGAUGGGGGACAGGCAGGUGAGGCUGUGAACUGUUCAGUCCUGCUCCUGUCCCGUUUUGCAGCGUACUCUCCGCUCACUCUCAAGGCGGUGCUUCAGCAGCUGGUUGAGGGAGCGUUACAUAAAGGCAACACUGACCUGUUUGGAGGGCUGAUCGCAGACAUGUCUGGGGCCCCUGUUACUUCCCCCUCUGUGUCCCCUGACCUCGGAGCCUCCCUGCUGGACAUCAACUGUCGGUUCGGUACCACCGUCAACUUUUCUGGCAGUGUGUGGUCUGUAUUUCAUGCCGGGGUGAUCGGCAAGGGUCUGAAGAUCCGCACCAUCACACAGCUGCCUGACCCAUCUGGGGUCAUCCAGAACAUCCAGACUCUGUUGGCUGUCGUAGUCCAGUGUUGCAGCUCCUCUGGUCUCAACGGCUCUAUCAACGGCUCACAACCCCCAUCUGACCCUGACGAGCCGCCGCCCAUCAACGCCGAGGCAGCCAAGGUUGUAGCAGUCACACUGGUGGAAAACGUCUGUCCGGAUGUGGCCAACGGGGAGCUGUCCUGGCCCCCAGAAGAGCAUGCCCGCACCACGGUGGAGCGAGACAUCCACAUUCGUCGUUGCUUUGAGGCUCACCCGGUGCUUUUCCCUCUACUUCAGGUGGUGGCAGCUGGACGCCCGGCUCUCUGCUACUGCUCCGCUGUGCUCAGAGGCCUCCUGGCCACCCUGCUGGCCCACUGGGAGGCAUCCCGUGAGAUGUCAUCCACAGACUCCCCGUGGCACCUCCAGGCCUCCUGCCUCCUGGUGUCAUGCAUGGGAGAAGGCCAGCUCCUGCCUCCUGUGCUGGCCAAUGUACACGAAGCCUUCCCCCACCUUACUCCCUUUGAGGUGAGGCUGCUGCUCCUGGCUGUGUGGGAGUAUGUGAGGGGCAAUGGACCAAUGCCCCAGAAGUUUGUCUUCAGCUCAGAGAAGGGCCUGUUCUGCAGGGAUUUCUCUCGGGACGGUGACGUGGCAAGAUACGUGGCACCGAUUCACAGCGUCCUGCAUAAAAACAUUGAUAGAUUGGGACACCUGUGCUGGCGGUUCCAGCUCUAAAGGGUGGUGAACCGUGAAGAGCAGGUGGCAGGGAAUAAAUAGAUGCCGUAAAAUAGAUGUAAAGCUGAGUUACAUUGUUCCGAGAGUGGACUGCGAAGUUGCUAUAACUGUUCUACAUUUUCACACAAGUAGAGCUGCGUGUGUGCGUGCGUGUGUGUGUGUGUGUGUGUGUGUGUGUGAACCUUUUGUACCAUAUUUUUCAACUUUUCUAACAAGUUGUUUCUGUAAGAAAGACAAGGGGACAAGAGAAAUGACAAACAUGUAUAAUGUGUUGAUAUAGAAUUUGCUCCCCACAAAAGACAGCCUUAAUAUGUAAUUUCAGUUAGAAAGUACAAUGUUACCAUUUAUAGAUUGUUUGUUUGUUUUGUAUAAUUUCAGAUUGUUCAUGUUCAAAACUUCACAAACUGUUAUUUCAGCCACUAUACAAAAUUAAAUCUUCAUUUGGUCCUAGAAUGUGUCUCGACCUGAGCAUCCUUGUUUACGCUAAAAUGUAUCAUCACAGGACUCACUCACUGUGAUUCAGGUGAUCACCAAGUCUUAUUACCAUUGUCUUUACAUACUGUUAAUCCUC